AGUCAUGAGAUCCGUUAUUGAUAUAACAGUAUUGAUUAGAGCCACUUGAUCUAAAUCCUCAGUAGAAAUAAAGCUGGAGCUGAUCCAUCAUCUCUUUUGUGGUUUUGUGGAGUAAAAGUACAUCUGGUCAGGAAACGCUGCCUCAGACCACUGACAUAAAAGAAAACAAGCAAAGGGUUGGUCAUUCAGUUGGCCCAACCCUCUGCCACGGUGAAGAUAAGAGCGAGACAAUAUUUAAGAAAGGCACAGAGGGCAUUGAUGCGCAUUUGCUGUGCAGACCUCCCACAGGCUUCGGAUUCCUGUCGGUCCUGAACUCAAGAUGCUUGCUGGCUUCCUCUUUCUCCUUCUUGCAGUCCUCACAGAUGGGGAGUCCGUUGACAGUGAGUGCAGUUAUCAGGAUGUUAUAAAGAGUCUGAAGUUAAAAGAAAGUACGCACGCCAUGACCCGGCCUGUCAGGAACCACAGCAGACCUUUAGUGGUAACCCUGGAUGUACUAAUCUAUGCCAUUCUAGAUGUGAACGAGAAGGACCAGAAAUUUAUUUCUUACGUCUGGAUUGACAUGAUGUGGACGGAUGAAUUCAUUUCUUGGGAUCCUGGCCAGUUCUGUGGUAUCAGUCAUCUUAUUCUUCCGACUAAACAUCUGUGGAAGCCAGACCUAACUAUUGAAGAGAUGACAGAGAAGGACAAAGCCUCUCAGAGUCCUUAUCUCAGUGUCAACAGCGCCGGUAGAAUCUUACUUAGAAAUGACAUGAUGGUGUCCAGCACCUGCAAGAUGCGGGUUUACAAAUUCCCCUUCGACAUUCAGAGCUGCCACCUCUCCUUUAAGUCUAUCAUUCACAAUGCUGAACAAAUGAACUUUGUUCAACUGACUAACUCUACAAGCAACACAGAGUGGUCUCGUGCAAUGAUGCGGUCUCAGUCUGAGUGGCGCUUUAUCAACAUGGAAAUCUUCAACAAAACUGUCAAUAACUUUGGAGUUAAACAAAGCGAGUUGGUUUGCAAGAUCAACAUGAAGAGACGCCCUAUCCUCUACGUUGUCAACUUUAUGCUACCCAUCAUGUUGUUCUUUGGUUUGGACUUGGCCUCCUUCCUGAUCUCAGACAACGGAGGCGAGAAGCUCAGCUUCAAAGUCACCGUGAUGCUGGCCGUCACUGUGAUGCAGCUUAUCCUGAAUGAAAUCCUGCCCUCCUCAUCAGACAGGAUUCCUCUGAUAGCGGUCUACUGCAUUGGGAUCUUUGGUUUGAUGAUGCUCAGCCUCCUGGAGACGAUUCUGGUGAUGUAUCUGAUCGAGAGAGACAACGAGUCAACGAGCCUGUUUGAGGACUGUAAGGGGAAAUGCAGCAAAGUCAGUUUCCAGAAUUGUUUUAGAGAUGUUAAAACAUGUGUUCCCGGUGUCUGUGUGCGUGAUGUGUCCCAUGGUGAAACAUCUUCUGAAUUGCUGGCAGCGACCAAAGAGGGGAGCAGCAGCCAACUGAUGGAGGAAUCCCACGACUUUGAAAAGAUCUCAGAUGAGUUGAGGGAGGUGGUGAAAACUCUGACUCUGAUACUCGACAGCAAAAAGGAAGAAGGAAAGCCUGGAUACUGGACCAAAAUGGCGACAACAAUUGACAGAGUCUUCUUAGUUUUCCAUGUCAUAGCUGCCACUUUGUUUUUAAUCUACAUGUAUUCCUGUUGGACUGAAGAAGAAGUAAACUAACUGUGCUAAAAGCAAAGCUGGUGAGGAAAGGUGCACCUGACUGCUCAGGUGGUAUUUAGUCCUUCACACAAGGACGGUGGCUCACAUCAAGCACAGCUGUUGUGCUAUAAUAUUCUAGCACACUAAUAUGCCAUGAAGAGGCAGACUCAUGCUUUUGCGUUGCAGUAAUCAAAGUCUUUUUUGCACAAGAAAUCCACCAAUACAAAUAUUAAAAUUACGGUUAAGCAUGCAGGUGUAGGUGCUGUGCAACAUUCACUGUGUUAAUCUUGUAAUCCAUCAAUAAUCUUUGAUGAAUCUCUUUUUAGAUUGUUCUUCUCCUACUAUGCAUCAAACCUGCCACUUUGUAACUUAGGCUUUCUGUUACAAAUCUGUUGUUGCCAAACCCAAGCAGAGACGCCACAUUUGAAUAAGUUUCUGACUUGGCUCGUCUAGAGCCAAAGAAGUCAUUUCAAAGCUUCUUGAAAAGACUUCAUAGGUGGCCAUUUCCUGUGUGAAGUAAAUUGACUCUUAAGUGUAAAAUUUCUUCAGUGUAACUGUCAGACUCAUGAACAUAUGUAAUAUUCUGAAGAGAUACAGUGAGUUUCGAUAUAGUUUCUGUAUAGUUUCUGCAAUAUCAUUGUGCUUGCUGUGUUCUUUCACAUCUUUGUCUGCAUUAGCUGAUGUGUUCAUAAUUAAAUGACAGUCCUGAUACUGGCUCUCAAGAACGUAUGAAACUCUCCCUAAUGCAGAAAUAAACAAUAAAAACAAAACCUAUCCUAUUUUUCUGUCUGUGUGUGGU